AAAAUAAAUCCUGAAAAUGAAAGGCUAUAAGUUAUCAAUUUCCACUCCAAUUGAGAUGUUAAUAAAAGAAAAAAAAAUAAAGGAAUCCGAUGGUGGAGCGACAACCAUUCGCGGAAACAAGGAGCCGCUCGCGCCCAAGACUUUGGAAUGUAUCAUAUAACGUCUAAACUCCUUCGCCUUUCCCCGAACAGGACGACACGUCCCCCUAUAAACGCAUCCACCCACUACCAAACUAACCCAACCACCCAACCCUUGAGUUUGAUUUCAACCAUUUUUCCCCUUUAAAACCUCCCUAAAUCUAUUCCUUCCCGACCUUAAUCUCUCCCUUUCUCGCGUCCUCUUGCUCUUUGCCAACCCAUUUCCAUUUAACCAUUUUUUUUUAUAUUUUGUUUCUUGUAACCUAAGUAACAGUCAGCUCGGUAGGUAAGGCAGACAGAGGAUGCACAGGGUUUCAUGUUAAGAGAAGAAAAAGUAACUUUUGUUGUUUCUGUUGAACUAUGAGUUGCAACGGUUGUCGAGUCUUACGAAAAGGAUGCAGCGAGUUUUGUAUUUUACGUCCUUGUUUGCAGUGGAUCCAGAGUCCUGAAGCACAAGGCCACGCUACUAUUUUUGUUGCCAAGUUUUUUGGUCGUUCGGGGCUCAUGUCUUUCAUUUCUGCUGUUCCUGAAUCUCAACGUCCUGCUUUGUUCCAAUCACUGUUGUUCGAAGCUUGUGGGAGAACAGUGAAUCCUGUGAACGGAGCUGUUGGACUUUUAUGGACAGGAAACUGGCAUACCUGCCAAGCGGCAGUUGAAACUGUCCUACGAGGAGGAACUCUACGGGCGAUGCCUGAACUUAUGUCUCCGACACCAUCAUCCGAUGAAGCAUCUGAAGCUACGUGUACUGACAUGUGGAAGUUGCAAGAAACAGCAACAAAUCUGAAUUCAAACUGUCGGUUUUCCAAUAUAAGAUCCAAAGUUUCACCUAAGCGUAAUAGAGUUGAAGAAUUCAAGAAAGUACAACCGUCCAAUCUAGAUCUUUGCUUUACUCCAAGUUUUACAGGCAAGCGAGUGCCUGAUAACAGACGACCAGGGACUCCGUCAAUGAACUCGGAGGAAUCUGUCACGACGACAUGUUUUGAAAGUGGGUUUGCAGAUCAGCAUGGACAAGGCAAAGGAGCAGAUAAAAAAUUACUCAACUUGUUUGUUUGAAAAGAAAAAAUGAAGUCUUUUUUGGUGAAUCUAACGCCGAAAUGAUCCAGCUUCGCUUUAAUAUUCUUCUUUUCUAUCACCGCCAUUCCUUUUUUGGGGUUUAGAUUAUUUUUGGCGUACUUCUGGUAAGGAUUUUUCCAGAAAUGAUUUUUCAGGCGAGUUAUUGUAAAUUACUGGCACAUGGGAUUUCUCUCUUUUUUUUUUGUUUAUUUGGUUAAUUAUAAAACUGGGAAAGAGAGAAAAAUGAUAGUCUGUCGGUGAUCCUUAAAAUCGGCCUUUUUUGCUACUACUGCAUCAAAAUCUUCUUCUUCUUCAUCAUCUUUGUGCUUAGUCAUGAGUCAUGAGUAUGACUGUAUGACAUGAAUAUAUCAAACUUAUUUCCCCCUUUUUGACAAGUUUCCCAAUUUAUGAUCUUGGAUUUUUUUAAGAAUUAAAAUGAGUACGCCCUGCUAGAUCUGUAAUUAACCCGAAUCAUAUUCCAACCAACCAAUGACAGAAGAUAGUAUAAUAUAGGCAAAUCAACCAGAAUUAGUUGGAAAAAUAAUUUGAAGUUUGUAUCUUCAACCAGGUCUUUCAUAGCUUAAAGUAACCCAGAAGUAUAUAUCCUGUUCCCGUCCUGUCCUUGUACUUUCAAAUAAAAACUCAUUAACAUA